CGCAGUCUGAUGGAGCGGCUGCAACCUUUUACCACAUACGGCACACCACAUGUCUGAGUAGUUUUACAGAGAAGAAUUCACCUGAACUGUACAAGACUGAGAAAACUUCCCACCAGCCGUCCUUUGCUGAAACUGGGGACAAAGAAACGAGGAGAGGAUGGAUUCUUUUCAGAUGCUUUUUCUGCUGCUGCUCUAUGGAUGUCUUCCAAAAGUGUUAUCAGUGCAGAUGUGUGACGUGGUGAACGAGAUCGAGCUGGAGAAAGAGCGCUGUGAAAGUCACACCUCUGGGAAUGUCACUUCAGGUUGCCAGGGUAUGUGGGACAUCAUCGCCUGCUGGCCAUCAGCCACGUUUGGAGAAGUGGUGACGAUAACCUGUCCGCCAUAUUUCAGUUACUUCAGCGACAAACAGAGAGGGAACCUCUCCAAAACCUGCACAACAGAUGGAUGGACAGAGAUGCAUCCUAUUGACAUCGCUGUGAACUGUGGAUACAAUCUCAACAGCACCAGUGAUGAUGGGAAAUUUUUCUGGCAGGUGAAGGUUGGCUACACCAUUGGUCACAGUGUUUCGCUCAUCUCUCUAACUACAGCAAUUGUGGUCCUCUGCAUCUUUAGAAAACUCCACUGCACAAGGAACUACAUCCACAUGCAUUUGUUUGUGUCAUUUAUCCUGAAGGCCAUUGCUGUGUUCAUCAAGGACGUGGUUCUCUACGAGUUUGGUGAGGUGGACAACUGCUCCCCAGGCUCUGUUGGCUGCAAAGCCGUCAUUGUGUUCUUUCAAUACUGUGUGAUGGCCAGUUUCUUCUGGCUGCUUGUGGAAGGCCUCUAUCUUCAUGCAUUGCUAGCCGUCUCUUUCUUCUCUGAGAGGAAAUAUUUUUGGGCAUACAUUAUGAUCGGCUGGGGAGGUCCAGCGAUUAUCAUCACAGCCUGGAGCAUCGGUAAAGCAUACUACAAUGAUGUAGGGUGCUGGGACAUUAUCGAAACCACCGACGUGUUCUGGUGGAUUAUAAAAACACCCAUUUUAGCAUCAAUCCUAGUCAAUUUUGUUCUCUUUAUCUGCAUCAUUCGAAUACUUCGCCAGAAGAUCAACUGUCCAGAUAUCGGAAGAAAUGAGUCCAACCAGUAUUUGAGACUUGCGAAAUCAACGCUGCUUCUGAUUCCUCUGUUUGGAAUCAAUUUUAUAGUGUUUGCUUUCAUCCCAGAGCAAGUGAAGACGGAAUUACGGCUGAUUUUUGACUUGAUUUUGGGAUCAUUUCAGGGCUUUGUGGUCGCAGUCCUUUACUGCUUCCUCAAUGCUGAGGUCCAAGGGGAGAUCAAAAGGAAAUGGCGACGGUGGCACUUGCAGAGAUACAUGGGUUCAGACACCAAAUACCAACAUCCAUCCAUCGGCAGCAGCAACAACUUUAGCACCCAAAUCACCAUGUUGACACGUUGCAGUCCCAAAACAAGACGGGGUUCGUCCUCCUGUCAUGAAGACCUGUCCUCCAUUUAAGUCACAAAAACAGAGAAGAAGCAGAGCAACCUGUAAGGAAAUUCUCUCAUGGCAAAAACCCAUGUUUACAUUUAUUUUGAACAAAAAUAAUACCUUCACUCAUCAGUAUAGGUAAUUAUCUGUGGUGUACUUUUUCACAGUUAUCUUAUUUUCAUUUUUUUUAAAACAUUUUUUAUGUAUUUUUAUGUGAACACUGACAGGUUCAUUUUCAGGGUCAAACAUUUCUGAUCAUUUGCUUAUUUUUUUUUUUCUAUUCUGUCACAAUAAAUGGUAAAAACGCAUAAAAGAAUGUAAUUAUUAUCUCCAAAAUGUGAACUGUACCUUACCUGCUUAGAUGUUAUCCUGAACUCAUUCAAAAGCACUUUGUUUAACAAAGAACUCCUUGUAACUUAGUUAAGCCCUAAAAGAAAUAGAAACCUUCCAGUAUUUUAGUUGGAAAAUACUUAAUAUGCUGUUGUGUUGUGAUGGUGUGAGGGAAAAAAGCUUUUUCAGUUCUUUAAUAGUAAAAGAAAAGUAGUGGAGAAACUGAUCAAGGGUUUCCUCAAGUGCUUUAAGCUCAAGCAUGAGGACCAGUGAGCUGCUCUGAGUGUUUUGGAGCGCCAAUGUCCUUCUCUGCACUUUCACUAUUAAACACAAACUGGUUGCCUUCUUUUUUUCUAUCAGUGUGACAUUCCCUUUUUGGUUUGCCUGAUCCUGUGAAUAGUCUUUAUCAUUUCAGGCACCGACAAGUGCCUGCUUCCAGCGUUAUCAAGCGACUUUUCACACUAAUCUUUGUCAGCUACUGGGCUGUGUAGUGACCCUGGAAAGGAAAUACCUUUACACAACUAAGUCCUUGAAUGUUUACACUCGGAGAGAGUAACUAAAUGUUGUACAGGCAAGUGAAUAGUGUAUAUAAAGCUCUCUA